AUGGCCCUGCUCGGACUCCUCGCGCUCCUGGCGCACGGCGGCGACGCCGCCGUGAGCGUCUACACGCCGCGCGGGCCGACGGGGCUGCGCGCCGCCCAGGAGUGCGCGGACCUCGGGAGCUGGCUCGCCUACCUCGGCGCCGGCGCCUGCGCUGACCUGGGCGUCGACGCGGCCGUCUGCGCCGACCUCGCGAAGCCCGACCGCGCCAACGCGCGCUGCGUCGAGACCCACGGCCCCGCGACGUCGAAGGCCCUCGGCGACGCGAAGCGGCGCCACGAGAAGGAACUCUGGAAGGGCACGGCGGCCUUCACCAUCAGCGCCUUCAACAACUGGGGCGUCGUGCGGCCCUUCCUCACGUCCCUGCUCGACCACAACGAGCACCUGCCCGGGCUCACGUGGUUCCUCGCGGACUCGCCGCACGACGGCGACGCGGUCGUCGACGAGAUUCGGGAAGACUUCAAAACCCUCCAGGAGCGCUACCCGGCGACGGAUCUCCGGUUGGAGUCCCUCGACGACGUCACCAAAACCAUGGCCUACGACGCGCGCGAAUUGGCGUUCCGCUACGACCUCAAGUGCUUCAACACGGCCGUCAAGCCCCACGUCUUCCGCAUGCUCUUCGGCCGGGGCUACCGGAGCGUGCUCUACUUCGACCCGGACAUCCACUUCUACGCCGACUUCGACGAGGUCGCGCUCUUGCUGCGGAAGCGGACCUUCGUGCUGACGCCGCACGAGACGCGCGAGACGCCCGACGACGGCGAGUGGCAGACGGACCUGCAGAUCAUGCGCGCGGGCGUCUACAACUACGGCUUCCUCGGCCUGUCCAACGCCUACCCGGACGUGCUCGACCACUACCUCGCCUGGUGGGCCGAGACGCUGCGCUACCAGGGCGGCGUCGAUUUAGAGGCGGGCCUCCACUUCGACCAGAACUGGGCCGUCUUCGUGCCGUCCUUCUACCCGGAGAAGACCUACAAGGUGCUCGUGGACCCGCGCUACAACGCGGCCUACUGGAAUUUGCACUACCGCGGCGCCGAGAUCGCCUACACCUCCGACUCGGACGUGACCUACGGCGGCGCGCCCUUGGUCUUCUUCCACUUCUCGGGCGUGAGCACGGACGUCAUCAACUUCGACGCCAUCUCGCCCCACCAGACGCGCUACUCCCUCGGCGACCUGCCGAACCUGCGGCCCCUGCUCGCGAGCUACGCGGCGGCGGUAGCCGACUCGGCCUACUACCGCGAGCACUCGCGGUACGGCCUCGACGCCUUCGACAACGGCGCGCCGGCGCCCUUCUGGGCCCGCGACCUCUACGCCCCCCUCAGCUUCAAGGGCCGCCACGCGAAGGCGGGGCCGUCGUCGCCCAAGCCCGCGUUCGCCGACGCGAUCCUCGCCCUCGACGCGAACCCCUUCGCGACGGCGCCUGCCAACUCCCUCUGGCGCUGGCUCUUCGAAAACCGCUACGACGUCAUCGUCGACGACUGCUCCGAGGGCGGCUGGCUCCCCAACGCGGCUCUCCUCUUGUUGGACGCCUUCGGCAUCGACACGAGCCGCUUCCGCACGGCCAAGGGCGCGCGGACGUGGUUCUACCACUACGGGAGCCUCCUCGCGGCCCACGUCCUCGAGCGCAAGGACGCGCGGCGCCCGGCCCUGCGCGAGGCCGUGCGGCGCCUCGUCGGCGCGGGCCGGCGCCGGAGCCACCGGUCCCUCGAGCUCGUAGGCCCGGUAGCGGACGACGAGACGUCCUUCUGCUGCGAGGUCGUCCUCGGCCGCGCGUGCGCGGCCGCGGACCUCCGGCGGGGCUGCGGCGGCAUCAUCGCAUCCUCGAACUCCACGGCCCACGCCCUCUGGCAGGCGGGGCUGCGCGCCGCGGCCGUCGCGAACAAGGACAAGGAAUGCGCCGCGGACGGGCCCGUCGACGACUUCGGCGUCAACGUCGUGGGCUACGUCGACGGCGUCUUCGGCGUCGCCGAGAGCUCGCGCUACCUCUACCGCGGCCUGCAAUCGAACAUCCCGACGGCGGCCGUGAAGCUGCGGGACACGCCCGCGUACGCGUUCCGCGACCACGGCAUCCCGACGACGCGGUCCCCGGGCUUCGGCUUCAACGUCGUCGUCCAGAACGCGGACAUGUCGCACGACGUCGCCGCGUCCUACCCCUGGCGCCAGUGGCGCCGGCGCUACAACGUCGGCUACUGGGCCUACGAGCUCGAGAAGCUGCCGGAGCGCUUCGCCGCGGGCGCGCUGAUCUACGACGAGAUCUGGGCGACGUCCGAGUUCACGGCCGACGCCGUGCGGUCCGCGCUGGCGUCGGACCCCGUGACGGCCAUGAUCCCCGUCAAGGCCAUGCCCGUGGGCGUGCCCCUCGACGACGACCCCGCGCCCCGCGACCGCGCCGCGGACCGCGGCCGCUGGGGCUGGGACGACGCGACGUACGUCUUCCUCGUCGUCUACGACGUCCGCUCCGUCGUCGAGCGCAAGAACCCCGCGGGCGCCGUCGCCGCGUUCCAGAAGGCCUUCGCCCGGGACGACAACACGGUGCGCCUCGUGUUGAAGUCGCACGGCGACUCCGCCGACAAGGCGGCCGUCGACGCGCUCGCCGCGGGCUGGCCGAACAUCCAGGCCAUCGACGACCGCCUCGACGACGACGUCUUCGCGUCCCUCAAGGGCGCCGCGGACUGCUACGUGUCCCUGCACCGCUCCGAGGGCUACGGCCUCAACGUCCUCGAGGCGCUCCUCGCGGGGACGCCGACGAUCGCGACGACGUACAGCGGCAACAUGGACUUCAUGAAGCACCUGCCGAAGCCCACGCUGGACGCCCUCGGCGUCGCCUGGGCGCCCAAGACCCUCGACGCGGCCGUCGGGCCCUACCCGAAGGGCGGCGCGUGGUCCGAGCCGUCCGCGGACGACGGCGCGCGCGCGAUGGCCCACGCGGCGAGCCACCGGGCCGAGGUCCGCGCCGCGGCGCAGGCCGACGCGGCGACGCUCCGCGCGAAAUUCUCCGCCGACGCCCAGGGCGCGGUCCAGGCCGCGCGGCUCAAAGCCGUCGACGGCCUCCGGCGGUCGGUGCCGCCCGUGCCCGACGAGUCCAUCUACUGCUACUGGCUCAAGAACACGGACAUCCGCGAGGCCCUCGGCAACGACCUCGCCGCCGUGACGGCCCACUGGAACGACCAGGGCCAGGCCGAGGGCCGCGAGCUCGCCUGCGACUGGCUCUCCGCGGCCGCGCUCCAGGCCGCGAAGCUCGUCCUCGUCUGAAUGUACCCCCUCCCCUGUGUCUGUCGCCGCCGCCUCCUUCACCCCGCGGUCCUAAGAAGCUCUCC